GCAGGAAGGCGGGGACCCGGGGCAAGGUGGCGGCCACCAAGCAGGCCCAACGUGGUUCUUCCAACGUCUUUUCCAUGUUUGAACAAGCCCAGAUCCAGGAGUUCAAGGAAGCCUUCAGCUGUAUUGACCAGAAUCGUGAUGGCAUCAUCUGCAAGGCAGACCUGAGGGAGACCUACUCCCAGCUGGGUGCGUGCACCCACCUCCCAUCCAGCCCCAUCCUGCACACUGGGGCCCCUGCCCUGAGCUGCUUGGUGGAUGGGAGUGGCUGGGGGGACAGCGCCUCGCUCCCCUGCUUCCCCUCCUCCCCAUCUCCUCACAUUGCCCUUCCCCCCUUGUCACGCCUUCCUUCCACUUCACCUCCCCGACCCACAGCUGCCUCUGCCCCUCCAGCCCCUGCAGCCAGGAUGGAGGGAGGGUGGCCUAGGCCCUUCUGGGGGACACCCAGGGUCCCGGUGUGUACCUCAUGCCCCACCCCCAUCAGGGAAGGUGAGUGUCCCAGAGGAGGAGCUGGAUGCCAUGCUGCAGGAGGGCAAGGGUCCCAUCAACUUCACGGUCUUCCUCACGCUCUUUGGGGAGAAGCUCAAUGGGACAGACCCCGAGGAAGCCAUCCUGAGUGCCUUCCGCAUGUUUGACCCCAGCGGCAAAGGGGUGGUGAACAAGGAAGAGUUCAAGCAGCUUCUCCUGACCCAGGCAGACAAGUUCUCUCCAGCUGAGGUGGAGCAGAUGUUCGCCCUGACACCCAUGGACCUGGCGGGGAACAUCGACUACAAGUCACUAUGCUACAUCAUCACCCAUGGAGAUGAGAAAGAGGAAUGAGGGGCAGGGCCAGGCCCACGGGGGGGCACCUCAAUAAACUCUGUUGCCAAACUGGAA